CUCACUCGUGUAUUGAUCUUCUAUGAGUCUGUCAAUAUUGAUAUUUCCAGACACGUACGAGGUCCAAGUACCGUAUAUAUCAUCAAGAUGUCCGUUAGAGACUCCUCCUAAACUCACGGGCAAAAUUUGUAUCGUAUCGUCUCGUGCAUUUGAGUGUCAGUCCAUCGAACUGGAGUUGAGAGGAGACCUGCUGGUAGACCACCAAACCUCAUUUGACGUUCUUAAUAACCUUAUUGAAGGACUACCACCGCCGAUAACGCUCCUACACCAUGAUGUCGAGCUCUCCACACAUAAAUUCGAAAAAGGGCAUACCAUUGUCGAGUUUUCCAUGCCAUUAUCAAAAAAAUUGCCGCCGUCGUACGAAGGAUUAUUUGUGUUUAUCCAAUACACACUGACCGCCAAAAUGAAAUGUAAGAAAUGGAUGACAUCGGCUAGUAUCAAAAGCGCAUCCUGCAGUCUGAAGUUCAAUACUACUUCUUCGCUGGACAGUUUCCCUUUGCGAAGUCAUGAAUGUAGUAUACCAGACACGUUAUCCACGAAAGUGAUGAUACCAUCAGCAGCCGUGGCGGGGGGUGAUAAGAUUCCAAUUCAGAUGGUGGUUCAUCAGGGAACUCCGGUGCAUCAAAGCAUUAAGGUCCAGAUAUGGCAGAUAGAGAAAUCUUCAAGCUUUGUAUCAGGGCCAAAGCGGAAGUAUCGACUGCAAUAUGAAACGUCCACCUCCAUCGCAACGUUACAGAAUAUCUUUUACCUACGCGUUCCUUCCAACCUUGCCUCUGCGUUCAAAGUGGAAUCCAAUGCCGCAAAGGCAGAGGUCUACCAUAUUAUUAAGUUCAUUAUGGAUUGUACUGCCAUUGACGCUCCCGUCUGCGUUGAUGUGCCGAUAAAGAUCGUUGGCGUCUCCUCGUCACCGGUAAACCAUGGCGACCAUUCCAACCAUGAUCGACUGCCCGUAUACCAGGAGAGAGAUGAAACUCUGCCGACGUAUGAAUGGUGCUCGACUGAAGAACCAUUCACCAACCCCCAAAUCUCUUCCCGGUCAUGAAACCGUAUUCCCCUUUCACCAUCAUACCACAUCAAAUCACGACAGCCAGCCUGUUUUUGUACACAACUUUAUGAAGCGACAUCAAGCUUUAGAGCAAAGUCUGGUCUCUGCUCUGCUCUUGUUUUUUUUUUUUUCUCAACUUAUCACAACUUGG